UUCCCAAGUUGGCGGUAAAGCUAAAGAUACAGCUGUCAGUCUGUCAACCGUGAUGUCAACACUAGCUCAGAGCAUUCAAAACUAAAGUAAAUAUUUUUCAAUGGAGAUCGCCAACGCCGUGGGGGCAACCCCAGGAGUGAACCGAACCGCUCGUGUGAUGAUGGAAGGGGUGGGUGCUCGGAUAAUCCGCGGUCCCGACUGGAAGUGGGGCAAACAGGACGGUGGCGAGGGCCACGUAGGCACCGUCCGUAACUUCGAGUCGCCUGACGAAGUGGUCGUAGUGUGGGACAACGGCACUGCCGCCAAUUACCGCUGUUCCGGUCAGUACGACCUACGUAUCCUGGACAGCGCCCCUACGGGGGUGAAACACGAGGGCACGAUGUGCGACACGUGCCGCCAACAACCCAUAUUCGGAAUUCGCUGGAAAUGCGCGGAAUGUGGCAACUACGACCUGUGUUCCGUCUGUUAUCACGGCGACAAGCACCAACUCCGGCACAGAUUCUACCGCAUUACGACCCCCGGAAGCGAACGCGCGUUUCUCGAGACGAGACGCAAGAGCAAGAAAAUCGCGGUACGCGGCAUUUUUCCGGGGGCUCGGGUCGUGCGAGGGGUGGACUGGCAGUGGGAGGACCAGGAUGGGGGCAACGGACGCAGAGGGAAGGUCCAGGAGAUACAGGACUGGUCUGCCGCAAGUCCCAGAUCAGCGGCGUACGUCGUGUGGGACAAUGGCUCUAAAAAUUUAUACAGGGUGGGGUUUGAAGGGAUGGCCGAUUUGAAAGUUGUGAACGAUGCUAAGGGGCAGAACGUGUACAGGGAUCAUCUGCCGUGUCUCGGGGAGCAAGGGCCGGGGCGUUCGGGGCCCCCGGGACUCAAAAUCGGGGAUCAAGUCAAUGUUGAUCUAGAAUUGGAGAUUGUCCAGAGUCUGCAACAUGGACAUGGGGGCUGGACUGACGGCAUGUUCGAGUGUCUGAAUGGGGUUGGGACUGUUGUUGGGAUUGACGAGGACCAUGAUAUUGUUGUCGCUUAUAGUAGUGGGAACAGGUGGACUUUUAAUCCCGCCGUUUUGACGAAAGUUGCGACUCCGACAAAUUCAGUCGUAUUUAAUGAAACCCCACAACAACAAUUUGCAGUCGGAGAUAUGGUCCAGAUUUGCUCGGACAUGGAACGCGUCAAAAUGCUUCAAAGGGGGCAUGGAGACUGGGCCGAUGGAAUGGCAGCUACACUUGGAAAAAUCGGCCACGUGCAGCAAAUCUACAACGACAACGACCUCAAAGUUGAGGUCUGCAACACGACCUGGACCUACAACCCCCUCGCCGUCACCAAAGUGGCUAGCAAAGACGGCACAAUGCACGGCACGACCAGUGGCGAGCGUCUUAGCGCCCUUCUCAAGAAACUUUUCGAGACCCACGUCUCAGGCGACGUCAAUGAAGAACUUGUUAAAUUUGCCGCUAACGGUGACGCUCAAAAAUGCGAGGAAGUUCUCAAACAGAGUAACACGUCCGGGGCCGGCAUUGGGCCGGACGUGAAUGGGGUUUUCGCCGGGCAUACGGCCCUGCAAGCUGCCAGUCAGAACGGUCAUUUGGAAGUAAUUACGGUGCUUUUGCGAUUUCAUGCCGAUGUGGAGAUUGAGGAUAAGGACGGAGACAGGGCCGUACAUCAUGCGGCUUUCGGGGAUGAACCGGCCGUCGUGCAGUUGUUGGCCCAUGCCGGGGCUGAUCUGAACGCGAGGAAUAAGAGGAGACAGACAGCGUUGCACAUCGGGGUCAAUAAGGGGCAUCUAGGGGUCGUGAAGAUGUUGCUGGAUUUGGGCUGUCAUCCGAGUUUGCAGGACUUGGAGGGCGACACACCUCUGCACGAUGCCAUUUCGAAAAAGCGCGACGAUAUGCUGACCUUGCUCCUGGAUCACAGCGCCGAUAUCACAUUGACCAACAAUAACGGAUUCAACGCCCUCCACCACUCCGCUCUCCGCGGAAAUCCAAGCGCUAUGAAGAUCCUGCUGGCCAAACUGCCGCGGCCUUGGAUCGUGGACGAGAAGAAGGACGACGGUUACACCGCCCUGCACCUGGCAGCCCUCAACAACCACGUGGAGGUGGCUGAGCAGCUCGUCCUCCACGGGAAAGCCAACAUGGACCUGCAGAACGUCAACCUCCAAACCGCCCUCCACCUGGCCGUCGAACGCCAACACACGCAAAUUGUCCGCCUUCUCGUCCGAGAAGGUGCAAAUUUAAACAUCGCCGACAAAGACGGUGACACGCCGCUCCACGAAGCCCUCCGUCACCACACUCUUUCGCAAUUACGGCAAUUACACGACGUCCAAGACGUCGGCAAGCUCCUCAUGGGUCUAGGAACCCAAGGAUGCGACAAGAAGUCGUCGGCGAGCAUCGCCUGUUUCUUGGCCGGAAACGGCGCCGAUUUAGAUUUAAAAAACAAGAAAGGACAAACGCCUUUAGAUCUCUGCCCCGAUCCCAAUCUAUGCAAAACGUUGAAGAAGUGUCACAAAGACAAGCAAAGCGGGGAGAUGGACAUGGGCCCCAAUCAGAACAAUCAAAGCACGAAUAUCACUUCGACGCUCGACGAGUGUUUGGUCUGUUCGGACGCCAAAAGGGACAUGCUUUUUCAACCUUGCGGUCACGUGACCUGCUGUUCCCUGUGCGGACCGAGGGUCAAAAAGUGCCUCAUUUGUCGCGAAUCAGUCAGCACUAGAAUCAAGAUCGAGGAAUGUCUCGUUUGCUCCGAUAAAAAAUCGACCGUUUUAUUCAAACCCUGCGGCCACAUGUGUGCCUGCGAGAGUUGCUCUCAAAUUAUGAAGAAAUGUGUUUUAUGUCGCGCGCAAAUCGAACUGAUGGUGCCGUUGACCGUUUGCAGCGGGGGCUUGGGCACCAUCUCGGAGGUGAAAGCCGACGCUGAAGAGGAACCCAAACCCUCAACCAGCGACGCAGGGCAGAAUCAAGGGCCGCUCAUGAAUAACGGAGGGCGGGACACCAGCAAUAAUAGCGAUAUACAAAAAUUGCAGCAACAAUUGCAAGACAUUAAGGAACAAACAAUGUGUCCCGUCUGUUUGGAUCGACUGAAAAACAUGAUUUUCCUGUGCGGACAUGGAUUGUGUCAAAUGUGCGGCGACCAGAUGACCGAAUGCCCUAUUUGCAGGAAAGCCGUCGAAAAACGAAUUCUAUUGUACUAAUUUAUCUCCCUUGUUUGAACUGAAAUCGAUCAAAUUACCACCAAAUCCGGGUUUCAUGACGUAAGAACGACAAUAUCAAAUAUUUUACUCGAUUUUUAAUUCGACUGAAAUUCUUUUGUAUAUUUUGUUAAUCUCAGUUCUAGGUGCUUACGCAACUGUAGUAUGAAUACUAUAUCAUUUUUUAUUUAACUUAGGUCGUAAUAAACGUUGUAGCAAUGCUGCAAUUACAGUACCAUCAAUUAUAUGAUGCUCUAGAUCGCAUAAGAAUGAAAAAAUACUCCGAGAGUAAAAAGUUUUUCACUUUUUAACCCACACGCGACGAAUAUUCAUUUUCAGAUAUUUAUUAUAGCCAAAUGUUAGUACUAUCUUGUUAUCAUUUCAGUUGUAUUUUUAUACAUUAGAUAAGAGUUAAUCAGUUAAUUAGUUAAUCGAAUUAUUAUCACUACUAUUAUUGCAACCCCAGUACGAGUAAUAAACAUAUUGUUAAAUUAGAUGUUUCUAUUCUCACCCACCCAUCCAACCACACCAAAAAAAUCAAAAAAAAAAAAAAACACGAAACAAUCUGAACAUUGGACAAACGUCCAGUAUACGGAAUGCUUCAUUCAACUGACGUAACGUUCCGAACAUAACCAAGCUUUUUCGACUCAAAAUAAACUUAAAAUGGGGUCAAAUACGGCCGAAAAGGCCCUCCAAAUGCUAAAAUUCCUUCCCCGUGUAUGUUUGGCCAAUCUUAAGCCCAGUCCUGGAUCGAGAACU